GUCAAACAAAAAAGCAUGUUCCGCGUGAGUGUGACACUCGUAAUACUCGUAUACAAAUAUUUGUAAAACUUUGAAAGUUACUGACUAAACUUUUGCAUUGAAAGACUAACUCGACUUUCCAAGACAAAAAUUUAACAAAAUGGCUCGCGGUAAAGACAAGAAGAAGCGCAAGUUAGAGAAGAAGCAAGAAGGAGAAGAUGCCCCGAAGCAGGUGCCGCAUACGCUGGAGUCUCUCCGCGAGAAAGAUGAGACGAUGCUGGCUAAUGUCGACGACGAGGAAAAGUUGGAGGCACAAAAGGAUAUGGAAUUAGAUGAACUGUCUUCAUACUAUGAGAAUUCUUAUGAACCUAAAGUAUUGAUCACUUACUCUGACAACCCACAUAGUAAAACCAGAAUAUUUGGUAAGGAGCUCUGUAGAAUCAUCCCAAACUCAAUAUCGAGGUAUAGACAGAGGUCAUCAGUAAAACGCAUUGUCACCUCAGCAAUAAGGGAACAUGUAACAGAUGUCAUUAUAGUCAAUGAGAAUCAGAAGCAACCCAAUGGUUUCCUGUUGAUCCACCUUCCUAACGGACCCACUGCACACUUCCGUCUCUCUAGCUGCAAGAUCACUCCAGAGCUCAGAAAAGACUACAAGGAAAUUACAAACCAUAGACCAGAGGUAAUCCUGAAUAACUUUAGCACUCGGCUGGGUCUGACGGUGGGUCGCAUGCUCGGCGCUCUGUUCCACUAUGAGCCACAGUUCCGUGGCCGGCGCGCCGUCACCUUCCACAACCAACGCGACUACAUAUUCUUUAGGCAUCAUCGAUACGAGUUCACGUCAGACGGCAAGCGAGCUAAGCUAUGCGAGUUGGGGCCGCGGUUCACGCUCAAGUUGAUCUCUCUGCAACAAGGGACUUUUGACUCCAAGCGCGGCGACUACGAGUGGAUCAUCGCCGGCAGGAGGCACCAGAUGGAGACCUCCAGAAGAAAGUUCUUCUUAUAAUGUUAUGUAUGGUAUCAAUGUUAAUCUAUGUAAUAAAAAUAUUUUCUAAGAUUA